AUGGUCUGGAAGCACUACCGUGAGGAAGACGAAGAGUACGAAGACGAGGAGGAAUACGAAGAAGAGGAAGAAUAUGAGGAAGAAGCCGAGGCAGAAGCUGAAGCUGUUGCUGCCCCUCCUGCUGAGGAAGCAGAAGAGGAGGCCCCCGUUGAAGUUGAAAGACCUCGACCCGUUCCUCCACCGCAAAGAACUCCAUCUCCUGUGGAAAUGACCGAAGCCGAACAAGCUAUGCUGGCCGCUAAGAAAAGGCACGAAGAAGAAGAAAAAUUGAAGAUGCUUGACUACGAAGAACGUAGAAAAGUUGAGAAAGCUCAAAUGGAGACCGAGCUUCGUGAAUUGAAGGAAAAACAAGAAGUUCGCAGACGUGAGAGACUCGAGGAGGAGAAAGAAUUUGAAGAGCGUCGUCGCCAUGCAGAGGAUCGCCGUCGUCAAGAAGAAGAGGAGCGAAAACAAAAGGUUGAAUCCGAGAAACGCGCAAAGUACGAUGAGAAACAAAGGAGACAACUCAUGAUGGCUGGUGCAUUCAACGCCCAAGCUCAAGCCGGGGCCGGACGAAACUUCACCGUUGAAAAGGGUGACCAGGCUUCACAAUUCGGAAAUCUCACCGGUGCCAAGCCCAAUAAACAAGCCGUUUCCGCUGACCAGGCUAUUGCUGCUAAAAAGGCUUUCUUGGAUGCUGUUUGCCGCAAUAUUGAUAUCUCGGGGCUUCUACCCAAUGAUUUGAAGGAGAAAAUUCGUCAACUCCAUGCUCGACUCUGCCGGCUGGAAGCUGAGAAGUAUGACUUGGAAAAACGUCACGAGCGUCAAGAGUACGACUUGAAGGAGUUGAGCCAAAGACAAGUGCAAGCGGCCCGUCAGAAGGCCAUCCAAAGAGGUCUUGAUCCUGAUGAGGCCGCCUCGUCGGUUCAUCCACCCAAACUCACCGUUGCCUCAAAAUUCGAUCGCCAGACCGAUCGUCGUACAUAUGGUGACAAGAGAGAGCUUUUUGAAAGUCCCCUCACCCCCAAGCCAAAGUCUAUUGUCCGAGGAACGGCUCGUCCACCAACUGACUGGGGAAGAAAGAACAAUGAAGAAUUGGAGCAGAUUAGGAAGAACCUCGAGCCACCAAAAUAUCGUGAAGAAGUCCAAGCAGAAGGAGAUGCGGCUAAGCCUCCCGUUGCUCCUAAACCACUCCAAAUUCCUACCGAGGAUUUUGAUGAAUCGAUUCCACAACCCGGCCAAGACUACGAUGAGGUAGCCGCGGAAGGAGAGGCCCCAGAAAUUCUGGCUGAUGGAGAA